AUGUCAUCUGAAGCAUUUGUUACCUUAGCAACAACCGAUGGCUAUGCUCUUGGAGCUUUGGUUGUGGCACAAUCAUUGCGUAGAGUUGGAACACAACGAAGUUUAGUUGUUAUGAUAUCAAACAAAUUGUCCGACUUAAUAAAACAAACAUUGGAAACAAGUUUUGAUGAAGUUGUUGUUGUUGAAGAAUUAAAUUCAUAUGAUAAUGCAAAUUUAACUUUAUUGUCUCGGCCUGAACUUGGUGUUACAUUUACCAAAAUCAACUGUUGGCUUUUAGAAAAAUAUUCCAAAUGUGUUUUUCUUGAUGCUGACGUUCUUGUUUUACGUGAUAUUGAUGAUUUAUUUGAACGAGAAGAAUUUUCAGCUGCACCUGAUGCUGGUUGGCCUGAUUGUUUUAAUUCUGGUGUUUUUGUUUAUCGACCAUCAAAAGAAACAUUUAGAAAAUUGGUUCAAUUUGCAAGUCAACAAGAUGCCUCAUUCGAUGGUGGUGAUCAAGGACUUUUAAAUAAUUUCUUCUCAAAUUGGCGUACAUCUGAUAUAUCUUGUCAUUUACCAUUUAUUUAUAAUGUAACAUCGAAUACAUUUUAUUCAUAUGUUCCAGCUGUUAAACGAUUUCGUAAUGAUAUCCGUCUGGUUCAUUUUGCUGGUGCAUUAAAACCCUGGCAAUUAACAUAUAAUCCACAAAAUGGAAAAUUAUCAGGUAAUUUAGAAGGACAACAUGAUAUUCAGAAAGAAUUUCUUCUUCAUUGGUGGAAAAUAAUGUACGAACGAGUUUGGCCACAAUUAUCGAAAAAUAAUCAGCAAUUUCAACAAAACAAAUCAGGUGUUGGAAUCGAGGGUACAUUAACACAAAGUACAUUUGGUUUUGGUGCCGGAUCCUUAUUUAAUUAUGGUUCAUCAACAAAUGAGCAAGGUGUUCAAAGUGGUUCUGUUGCUCAUCGUCGAGAAUGGGAAGCUGGCGUUGUUGAUUAUCAAGGACGAGAUUCUUUUACUAAUAUUCAAGAACAAUUAGAAAAAAAUAUUGCUCAUCAGCAACCGCAACAAUAUCAUCCAUCACAACAAAAUACUCAAGCAACACUCGGCUUUGAUACUUCUACAGUUGAUGUCAAUCAACAAGCAUCUACUCCAGAAGGUCAAUCAGCAUCAUCUGGUAAAACUGAAUAA